AUGAAUUGUGGCCGAACCCCGGGGAAUGGGCACUUGGCCCCCACCCAGCGGCCCUACUCCAACUCGGUCUGCGCGAUUUCGCUGAAGCCGGCGGAGACCAAUCGCGCCCAUAUGCAUCGAGCUUCAGACGGCCUGCUUAUGAGCGACAACUACCGUCUGACGCCGCGCAGAGAGAGUCGACGACCCUCGAUUCAGGAUGAACUUUAUUAUUAUCAGAAAAAUUACGGUAAGCCGCAUUGUGUUUUAAAGGUGAUAAGGAGCAGUAGAGAUGACAAAAAGCAGUACAAGUAAUAAUGAUGUUAAAAGUUGUAUUAACUUUGAUUCUUUGUUACCUAAAAUAGUUAUAUAAGGUUUCGGGGCUCAAAACUUUUUACACAGUUAUAUUUUGCAAUUUUGAAAUAUUAGGUUGUUCAAAUAAUUCUGUGCCUACUAAACCCAAAAAUUUGCUUUAGAGGGGGCACAGAGUUAGGUGUACAACCAAAUAUAUUAGCAGUUAAAAAAGGGUGGUUAUGUGGCUUUUCGUGUCAAGACCCAAAUAAGGGAACAGAAUUUCGUGAGCAUCCUAAUAUUUUAAUAUUUUGAAAACUUUUUUUUAAAAUUUUUAUUUUCAUGUUCUGGCUAAAAACAAUUGACUUUAAGUCUGACGGCUUAUUCGUCUGGCACCUUUCCUUACGCUUCAACGUUUUUGUUUAUUUUCUUUUUUAAUCUUUCAAAGUCUAUCCAUUAUCUGAUAAAGACCUUUUCAAUCUACCACAACAUCAAUAUUCCUCCUUCUCUGUUAAUCCUUAGUUUAAAGUUUAACUUUAAAGUCUAUUGCUAUAUACGUUUACUACAGAGCCUUAUAUCAAUUUCACUCUAACUUUACUUUUGAAUUUGACUCUUAUUUAAAAUCUGAGUUUACUCUGUAACCUCUACUUUCCUUUAUAACACAACAUUACUCUAUCAACUUUACUUUGUAAGGCCACUUUACUCUGUAAUAUAACUUUACUUUUAAGUUUAACACUAAUUUAACAAGAAACUUUACUCUGUACUACAAGUUUACUGUGAUACGGAGUACUUUACUUUACGCUGCCUUACUUUGUUGCACAACUUUACUCUGUAACUAAACUUUUCUCUGUAAAACUACUAUAAAAUAACUCUACUCCAACUUUUUUAAAUUUCAAUUUCGAAUAGAAUAUCAUGCAUUCUGUGACCUCAACUGUGGUAUCUUCUCUUUGUUUGUUUACGGCCAUAUAACUCUUGUUUUGGGAUUUCAAAAAAUUAAUUUUAUUGUCAGUCGGAGUAAACGCUUUAACCCAGCAUUAAUAUUUUUGUCUAUGGGUGUUCUGUGAGGUCCUAACAACGUUCAUAACCUUAUACUGUCGCUUAUUUGGAGAUAUCUCUAACCUUGGUAUUUGGCUAUAUUUUGCCUUUUAAUGCCAUGAAGAAGACACGUGCAUUUUGCAAAGUUAAGUUAGAUUUUUGGGUGAAUGUUGAGUUUUUUGGGUAAAAUAUGACCUUUCAAAUAGCAUGGACACUUAGCUUUAAUAUUUAAAGCUUUUUUACUAUCACAAGCUUAAAAACUAAAAAAUACUUUUAAAUAUAUCUAAAGUUAAAAAUAUUAGGUUGUUUAAGUAAUUCUGGGCCCUCUGAACUCAAAAACUUGCUUUGAGAAGAAGCACAGAAUUUUUUUAACAACCUAAUAUAUAUAGGUCUUAAAACAUCAACUUUUCGUAAUAAAAGUGUCAUUUAAGGUAGACACGAAAACAGUAUAUUUGCGACAGUUUGGGCGUCAUACAUAUUUGUGUUCAUCGCAGUGUUAAUAACGUUUUCAAUCGUACUGGCUGUUGGGAUUCUACUCAACUCAAUGACAGUAAAAGGACGCCACGGUGGGGGCAGUAGCAAGAUUGACGUUAACUAUAAUGUAAGUUAUUGAGAAGGUUUCUUUUGAAAUUGUAAUUUUUGAAGCUUUAUAUGAUGAAAAAAAAACAAUUUAUGGUGUUGUAAAAUACAAAUUAAGUUCUUUUUGGACGAAGGUUUUAACUAACAAUGAAAGUGUCUAACCCGCUCCACUCAGAAGUAGCUAAAAAUUACCUUAUGAAUUUUUUGCAAUAUCAAUAGUAGCCAUAAAAAAUAUUAGCUUGAGCUUUUGGGUUUUAAAAUUUUAAAUAUAUGUGUUUUUUGCCAAUUUGGCAAAUUUGGCAUUCUGUUUCAAGCACUUUUUUUAACUUUUCAGACAAGCGACGCUUACAACUUUAAAAAUUCAGUUUUAUUUAUAGGUGUUCUACUAGUAUAUCAAAGAAAAAUUCCUAAAAGCCAAAAAAUGACAAAGUUAUUAGCUUGAAACACAAUGCCAAUUUAGCGGGAAAUUCUGAACUUAACUUUUUGAUUUUAAUUUCCUUGGAAAAACAAUAUGUAAUACCCUUCUGAAAGUUUAAUAGUUACAUGAUCUUUCAAUAUAAAAAGUUUGAAGUCAAUCAAAGCGGGGCAGAUCGGGCACUUUCGUUGUAAUAUUAUCAUAAUCUCCGUCAAAAGUCAUAAUAAACUUUUUGUUUCAGAAUACAGGUACAGUAGAACGGAUUCGUGACGUUCUUCAUCUGAACAACAAUAAUCAUCGUGUUCUGACGGAUUCGUACGAAGCCAAAAUCUUCAACAUUGCUACGGGUUUAUAA